AUGGAGUUCAUCUCCAGGAAGAUUAGGAAGCUAUGGAUUGCGGAACAAAUCCGAAUCCUGGUUCUCCUCAGCCUCGCCUUGCAGAUCAUUCUCAUCUUCUUUUCCCUCUUUCGGAAGCGGAGCUCAAAAACAUUGUUGAGGAUUAUCCUGUGCAAGCAGAUCGAGGCUAGCGACCAGCACGUCAACUGCGGCCCCAUUGCCCUCUGGGAAACCUUCCUUCUUCUCCACCUCGGCGGCCCCGACACCGCCACCUCCUACUCCCUCGAGGACAAUGAGCUGUGGCUGCGCCACUUGAUUGGGCUACUGUACGAAGUUACCAUGGCCAUCGUGCUGUUCCUCGAGUCGUUGCCGAGCCCCCACCUGUGGAAGAUCGCCAUCGUGGUGUUCACCGCCGGAAUCCUCAAAUAUGCAGAGCGGACACUGGCGUUGUGGUCGGCCAGAAUGGACCGGCUGAAACAAUCCAUGAUCACCGAGCAGGAUCCCGGGCCUGACUACUACAAGUUCAUGAAAGCGUAUCGUUCUAGUGUUACCGCUGGGCUGAAGGCCAUAUCCGUGGCCUAUCGCUUCUUCGAGUCCUUCAAGAGCCUCACGGUAAACCUCAUGCUGAGCUUGCAGGAUCAGAUCGAAAGCCAAACCUUCUUGCGGGGCAAGUGGAACCAGGCGUUCCAAGUGGUGGACUUCGAGCUCUCUUUCCUGCACGACAUCCUCCACACCAAAGCUGCCCAUGUCCAUACCCUACUUGAGAAGCAUGAUUUCAACGAAGCCGACGUCACCAUAACUAACGUCCUCCUCCUUGCCGCUCUUGGGCUCGAGACCAUAGCCGUCGUUGUAACCGAAGGACAAGAAGCACACCGCCUGUAUGGCGUAGAAAAUACGGACGUGGAUGAUGAUCUGAAGACACUUAUAUUCAAGGAACUGAAGGGCAAGGCCCACAGCGCGGUUGCAGAAGCGAUUGCGAGCCCGCUGAGGGGAAUGGGUGCUUCAGAAAAUGGGCUACACGAACCUCCACUGGAGCUUCGACGAGAGAAUCCUGUUGUGGCACAUCGCCACGUCUAUUUGCUGCCAGAUGGAGGAGACCAGUGCGGACGCCGCGAAGGCAGCCAUUAA